CGUCAACGUAAGUGAUGAUGACGGAGAAGAGUCGAAGCGCACCCAUUCCAAGGUUGAGUGGGGAGCUACUCAAGAUGAUGGGGAUGAGCCGAACGAGCCUUCAAUCAACUCCGAUGCCUGGAAGACCUAGAAUGCCUUGUUAAGUCGUUGCCUUGGAUCGUUGUGUUAGUUUGCUUGUUUAAGUUUAGUUGUGUGUGUGGGUCUUGCAUGUGGUUUACAUCAUUGGUGGGAUGUAAAUACAUGUGUUUGUUUGCUUUCGAGUGUUAGGAAGUUGGUGAGUUAGUGGUGUGAGAGCUUUCAGUUAUAGUGUAAUAAUGAAACUCAGUUAAGAUCAAUAAAAGUUAAGUUAGUAAAAAUUAAUUCCCUAUCCUAAGUAAUUUUCCCCCUUGUUUCUCUUAUUGUGCUCCUGUCUAUGCCAGAUGGUGCUUACUCGCAGUAAUGGGAAUGGCCCCAACAACAACAACAACAACAACAACAACAACAAUAGGGAGAAUCCCACGCUUGCCCAAGUCCUGGCUCAACAGGCACAGCUCAUGAGCAUGAUGAUGCAGCAACUCCAGAACCAGCAGAACCAGGGAAAUAACCAUGCACCUCCCAAGAACAAGUUAGCAGAAUUUCUCCGUGUAAGGCCGCCCACUUUUUCUAGCACUACCAAUCCAGUCGAGGCUGGUGAUUGGUUGCACGCAAUAGAAAAGAAGUUGGACCUGCUUCAGUGCACCGAUCAAGAAAAAGUCUCCUUCGCUUCACAUCAGCUUCAUGGCUCUACUUCUGAGUGGUGGGAUCACUUCCGUCUCAAUAGGACUACUGCGGAACCUAUCACUUGGCUUGAGUUCAUUGCUGCUUUCUGGAAGACGCACAUACCAUCAGGAGUGGUGUCUCUCAAGAAGAAGGAGUUCAGUGCGCUCACUCAGGGAUCUCGCUCUGUCACUGAAUAUCUGCAUGAAUUCAAUCGUCUGGAAGAUGUGCGCACUGAUGAAGAGCGCCAAGAGAAGUUCUUAGAAGGGUUGAAUGAUGAGCUUUCUUACCCACUAAUGACUGGGGAUUAUCAUGAUUUCCAGAAGUUGGUGGAUAAGGCUAUUCGCCAGGAGGACAAGUACAACCGAAUGGAGCAGAAGAAACGCAGGAUUGCUCACUUCAAAGCUCAGCAGGGGAAUAGUCAGAGGCCGCGUCUUGUUAUGGGACCUCAGGCAGUGUCACAGGGAGGGUCUUCAUCUGUUGUUCAUCCGCAACGUCAGUUCUUCAACAAUAAUGCUGGCAACAACAACCGCAACCAAGCUCUACGCCCUGUUGCAACUCUAAUUCAGCAUCAACCUGCCAAGAGGGAGCAAGGAAACAAGCCAGGAGUGUGCUUUAACUGUGGGGAACUAGGUCAUUACUCCGACAAGUGUCCGAAGCCCCGCCGCGUGAAGGUUGUCCCUGCCCAGAACAACUCCACCGCACCAGCGACAAAGGCUCGAGUCAAUCAUGUGGCUGCUGCAGAAGCUCAAGGUGCUCCAGAUGUGAUUUUGGGUACGUUCCCUGUUAACUCAGUUCCUGCAACAGUGCUUUUUGAUUCUGGUGCUACACAUUCCUUUUUAUCUAUGAGUUUUGCGGGAAAUCAUGGGAUGGAGAUAGAAGAUCUUAGACGUCCUUUGAUGGUUAGUGCCCCGAGUAACCAGGCACUCUUAUCGCAACGUAGCCCUUCUGUCAGAAUAGAGAUUCAAGGUGUACCAUUUCUGGCCAACCUUAUUUUGUUAGAAUCCAAUGACCUUGAUGUCAUCCUAGGGAUGGACUGGUUAGCCCGAUAUAAAGGUGUGAUAGAUUGUACCAAUAGAAAAGUAACUCUCACCAGCAAUGAUGGUCAAGUUGUAACUGUUCAUGCAUUGCCUUCUGAGCCCUCAAGGUCAAGUUUUAAUCAAAUAACUUUGGAAGAGAUUCCCAUAGUAUGGGACUACCCGGAUGUGUUCCCGGAUGAUUUACCCAGCAUGCCGCCUAAAAGAGAUAUUGAAUUCAGAAUAGAUCUGGUACUAGGAACAACUCCGAUCCAUAAGAGACCGUAUAGAAUGGCAGCCAAUGAAUUAGCAGAAGUCAAGAGGCAAGUAGAUGAUUUGCUUCAAAAAGGUUACAUUAGACCAAGUUCGUCUCCAUGGGGAGCUCCAGUCAUCUUUGUGGAAAAGAAAGAUCAUACCCAGAGGAUGUGUGUGGACUAUCGUGUACUAAAUGAUGUGACUAUCAAGAAUAAGUACCCGCUGCCCAAAAUUGAUGAUUUGUUUGAUCAGCUUAAAGGUGCCACCGUUUUCUCCAAGAUCGAUCUUCGAUCAGGGUAUCAUCAGUUGAGGAUCAAAGAGGAAAAUAUACCUAAGACGGCUUUUACCACUCGGUAUGGGUUGUUUGAAUGUACUGUUAUGUCUUUUGGACUUACCAAUGCCCCCGCUUUCUUCAUGAACUUGAUGAAUAAGGUGUUUAUGGAAUACCUGCACAAGUUCGUGGUAGUCUUUAUUGAUGACAUUCUUAUCUACUCUCGAACCAAAGAAGAGCAUGAAGAACAUCUUCGUCUUGCACUAAAGAAGCUACGAGAGCAUCAACUGUAUGCCAUGUUUAGCAAAUGUGAAUUUUGGUUGUCCGAAGUAAAGUUCCUUGGUCACUUCAUCUCAGCCGGAGGAGUUGCCGUUGAUCCUAGUAAUGUGGAAUCCAUAACCAACUGGAAACAACCGAAGAUAGUUUCAGAGAUCCGUAGUUUCCUGGGUCUUGCAGGUUAUUACCGGAGGUUUAUAGAAAAUUUUUCCAAGAUUGCUAAGCCCAUGACACGACUGCUUCAGAAAGAUGUGAAGUACAAGUGGUAAGAAGAGUGUGAGCAGAGUUUUCAAGAAUUGAAAAGCCGCUUAAUAUCAGCACCUAUUUUGAUUCUGCCUGAUCCAAAGAAGGGUUUCCAAGUGUACUGCGACGCAUCUAAGGUUGUGUUCUGAUGCAAGAUGGGAAGGUGGUUGCCUAUGCAUCUCGUCAGUUACGUCUGCAUGAGAAGAACUACCCUACUCAUGAUCUUGAGUUAGCCGCAGUUGUUCAUGCGUUGAAGAUUUGGCGUCACUACCUCUUUGGUACUCGUACGGAUGUGUACACGGAUCACAAGAGUUUGAAGUAUAUCUUCACCUAGCCAGAUCUGAACAUGAGGCAGCGGAGAUGGUUGGAACUGAUUAAGGAUUAUGACAUAGAAAUUCAUUAUCACCCAGGAAAGGCCAAUGUUGUAGCAGAUGCUCUUAGCAGGAAAGGCUAUUGCAAUGCUACGGAAGGACGACAGUUGCCGUUGGAGUUAUGCAAGGAAUUUGAAAGAUUGAAUUUGGGAAUCGUCAGUAGAGGUUUCGUUGCAGCCUUAGAAGCGAAGCCCACUCUCAUUGACCAGGUUAGAGAAGCUCAAGUUAAUGAUCCUGAUAUUCAAGAGAUCAAGAAGAAUAUGAGAAGAGGAAAAGCUAUCGGUUUCUUGGAAGAUGAGCAAGGAACUGUAUGGUUGGGUGAGAGAAUCUGUAUCCCAGACAACAAGGAGUUAAAAGAUGCGAUCUUGAGGGAAGCUCAUGACACCUUAUACUCUAUUCACCCUGGUAGUACUAAGAUGUACCAAGACCUCAAGGAAAAAUUUGGGUGGGCAAGUAUGAAGCGGGAGAUAGCCGAAUAUGUAGCUGUGUGUGAUGUUUGUCAGCGAGUCAAGGCAGAACAUCAGAAACCCGCAGGUUUGCUGCAGCUUUUGAAGAUACCAGAAUGGAAGUGGGAGGAAAUCGGUAUGGAUUUCAUCACUGGUCUACCCAGAACGUCAUCAGGACAUGACUCUAUUUGGGUGAUAGUCGACAGACAUACCGAAGUGGCUCAUUUCAUCCCAGUGAGGACAACAUAUUCCGGAAGCCGUUUGGCGGAAUUGUAUAUGGCAAGGAUUGUGUGUUUGCAUGGUGUUCCUAAGAAGAUAGUAUCCGAUCGAGGUAGCCAGUUUACUUCAAAGUUUUGAAAGAAGCUUCAGGAAGAGAUGGGUUCCAAGCUGAACUUCAGUACCGCUUAAAAUCCGCAGACAGAUCGACAAACUGAAAGGGUAAAUCAGAUUUUGUAAGACAUGUUGAGAGCUCGUGCUUUAGACUUCGGUGGAAGUUGGGAUAAGAAUCUGCCUUACGCAAAAUUCUCAUACAACAACAGUUAUCAAGCUAGUCUUCAAAUGGCUCCUUAUGAAGCGCUGUAUGGUCGGAAGUGCCGCACUCCGCUUUUGUGGGAUCAAACGGGAG